AUGGUCGGCAUAGGCACGUCGCCGCUGCUUCCCAUACGGAGCACCAUACUGCUGUCCACCCAGACACUCUCCCCUUUCGCUCCCUCUCAACGUGCCUUCUCCACCACGCUCUUGAACGCACUCAGUUCGGCUUCCCAGCCUGCACGCAAGCCUGUCCAAGCAAAAGACCGCCCCACCCCCGGAACCAAACAUCCAGAUGGCAGCUACCUCCUCUUCCACCCCAUCUACUCCGAACAGGAGCUGGACAACGUCAAAGUCGUCCAUCGCGAGUCGAAAACCUUUGGAGACAAGGUUGCACGAGCCAUGUGCACCGCAGCCCGAACCGUCUUCGACCUGGCAACAAGAUAUCCUGAUCACCGAGGGGUCAAAUUCCCACCACUCAAGAAGCAAGAUGUCGAGAAGCGGGUCGGGUUGCCAUCAAACCUCGCCAAGCAGGUGGACAGGUUUAAGGAGCAGCAAGCCAACCCUUCCACCACUGAGAGCGCUGUGGUCAACACCACUAAAGCCGACAUCAACCAGCUUUCCAAGAUCGAGGAUAGGGACGAGGAGGGAAUGACUCUCGCCGAGAUGCGAGCCAAGCGGCUUUGCUUUGGCCCGGACGCGUGGCUCAACAGGAUCAUCUUCUUGGAAACCAUCGCUGGUGUGCCAGGAAUGGUAGCGGCAACCUGUAGACAUCUCCAAUCGCUCCGCUUGAUGAAGCGAGACAAAGGAUGGAUCCACACUUUGCUCCAAGAUGCCGAGAACGAACGGAUGCAUCUCUUGACUUUCAUGCAUCUCGCCAAGCCAGGAACCAUCGCUCGAGCAUUCGCGCUGCUCGCCCAGGGCGUCUUCUACAACCUCUUCUUCAUCUUCUACCUCUUCUCGCCCCGUAUCGCACACCGAUUUGUUGGAGUACUGGAAGAGGAAGCCGUCCUGACGUACAGCUGCAUCUUGGAAGAUAUCAAGCAAGGUCGGUUGCCUGAAUGGGAGAACGUCCCAGCACCCGAGAUCGCAAAACACUACUGGCAGCUAGGAGACCAGGCAUUGCUCGUCGAUGUAAUCAGGGCAGUCAGGGCCGACGAGGCAACGCACAGGUGCAUCAACCACACGCUCGCAUCCCUCGACUACAAGGAGGACCCCAACCCAUUCGCAAGCCGCGAACUCGAUGCUGAGGUACGAGGCGAGAGAUACGGUUUGGAGAGGCAAGAGGCAUUGCAGUGGGCCAAAGGAGAACAAAGCAAGGAUAGAAGCGAGAGUGCCGAAAAGACUGCCUAA